CGCAGAAAGACUGCGUCUUUGGGUGGUCGUGCUCUUCUUCCAUGACGCCGUCUUCAAUCAUGGAGUCGCUAUUCCAGCGCUCCUUAGAAGACCUCAUCAAAGGCAUCCGUCUGCAGGUGAUUGGGGAAUCCAAGUUCAUCGCUAAAGCCGUGGAAGAGAUCCGCCGGGAGAUCAAAUCCACAGACCUCCACACCAAGUCCGUCGCUCUUCAGAAGCUCACCUACCUCAAUUCCAUCCACGGCAUCGACAUGUCCUGGGCCUCCUUCCAUGUUGUAGAAGUUAUGAGCUCCACCCGAUUCGGUCAGAAGAAAAUUGGAUACCUCGCUGCUUCAGAAUCCUUCCAUGAAGGCACUGAUGUCAUCCUGCUUAUCACCAACCAGCUCCGCAAGGACCUCACCAGCACCAAUGAGUACGAGGUAGGCGUCGCCCUCGAAUGCUUGUCCGUAAUUGCCACCACCGAUCUCGCUAGGGACUUAACUCCAGAAAUCUUUAUGUUGCUUUCUAGUACUAGGACUUUCGUUAAGAAGAAAGCAGUUGCUGUAAUUUUGAGGAUUUUUUUGAAGUACCCAGAUGCAGUUGGGAUCGCUUUUAAGCGUUUGGUUGACAAUUUAGAAAAUUCGGAUCCUCAUGUUCUGUCUGCAGCUAUUGGAGUCUUUUUCGAGUUAACCUCAAAGGACCCCAGAUCAUAUCUCCCACUCGCCCCAGAGUUCUAUAGGAUUUUGGUUGAUUCCAAAAACAAUUGGGUGUUGAUCAAGGUGCUUAAGAUCUUCUGUGAACUCGCCCCCUUGGAGCCGAGGUUGGCAAAAAGGGUUAUUGAUCCGAUAUGUGAGCUUAUGAAAAAAACUGGGUCAAAAUCGUUAAUGUUUGAGUGUAUUCGUACUGUGUUUACUAGCUUUACUGAACACGUAUCUGCAGUCAAACUUGCAGUUGAAAAGAUCCAUGAAUUUUUGGCUGGUGAUGAUCCGAAUCUUAAAUAUCUUGGCUUGCGGGCGCUUUCAAUUGUUGAACCUAGGCUCUUGUGGCCGAUGUUGGAGAACAAGGAACUGGUGAUAAAGUCCCUGAGUAAUGCUGACCCGAAUAUUAAAGUUGAAUCCUUACGAGUUGUCAUGGGGAUGGUCUCUGAAAGUAAUGUGGUUGAGAUCUCCAGGGUUUUGGUAAAUUACGCACUUAAAGCUGACCUUGAAUUUUCCAACGAGAUUCUUGGGUCUAUCCUUUCAACUUGUAGUAGAAAUCUUUUUGAGAUUAUUGAUGAUUUUGAUUGGUAUGUAUCACUCCUUGGGGAAAUCUCAAGGAACUCGCAUUGCCAAAAGGGAGAAGAGAUUGAGAAUCAGCUUAUUGAUAUUGGUCUAAGAGUUAAGGAUGUUAGACCAGAGCUUGUCCUUGUUGGACGUGAUCUUUUGAUUGAUCCUGCAUUGCUUGGUAACCCGUUUUUGCAUAGGAUAUUGUCUGCUUCUGCUUGGGUGUCAGGGGAGUAUGUUGAAUUGUCUAAGAGCCCAUUUGAGCUCAUGGACGCAUUGUUACAACCCCGCACCAGCCUUUUGCCUCCAUUAAUAAAAGCUGUGUAUAUCCAAUCUGCAUUUAAAGUUUUAGUUUUCUGUCUUCAUUCUUACCUCAGGGAGAGGAGAGUUAUUGCUUCAUCAUCUGAUGAUUUAGCUGAAGAGAUAUCUAAUUUGGCUUCUGAAAGGAAGUGCCCACAAGUUUCUGAUUUAGCGAAAUCUGAGGCAGCUGCAGACUGCAAGCAGGAUGAAAGAUUUAACCCAAGCAGUUCAAACAGAACAUUAGAUGAUAUUAUUAUGGGAAACGGAGAUGGAAUUUUCUCUACAAAGUACCUUCCAGUUUCUGUGGAGAAAGAAUCUUUCACACAUGAAUCUAUUUGUUACCUGAUAAAUUUGGUCAACAUGGCUUUGGGCCCACUUUUAGGAAGUGAUGAAGUGGAAGUGCAGGAGAGAGCAUGGAAUGUACUUGGGCUGGUUGGGCUAGUACAACAAGAAGUGUCUGGUUGUGUGCCUAUAAAAGAAGGCAGUGUUGAGAUGGAAAAACCCAAGGCUUCCAUAAUUAUUAAACUGAUGCAUGAUGUAUUCUCCAAGGAGCUUGUUCCAGUCUCAGGGAGUGCUCAGGAAAGAGUUCAGAUACCUGAUGGGCUUUUGCUGAAAGAGAAUCUUGCUGAUUUGGAUACUAUUUGUGGGGAUAUUCUUAUCCUCAACUCAUGUUCGUUCUCUAUCGGAAGUCAUCAAACAGGAGACAGGGACAGUGUUUCCUUCUUCGACCAGCAAAUAAAAGAAGAACCUGAACUUUCCACCGAAUCUACAUCUCUGCUUGCACAACACCGUAAGCGACAUGGGCUAUACUAUCUUCCUGCAGAGAAAAAUAAGAUUAUAUCUAAUGAUUACCCACCUGUGAAUGAACCUCAGCCCACAGGUAGUUCCAUUGAUGGUGUUCAUGAUCUUGUAAUGCUUACAGAGAAAACACUGGUAUCAAAGAAGAAGCCAAACCAUGCAAAGCAACGUCCUGUGGUGGUAAAAUUGGAUGAGGGAGAUGAAGUGCCUGUUUCUGUUGUGCAACAAAUAAAUUCAAAAGAUGAUUUGCUCUCUAGUGCUGUUCGAGGCGUUCUUCUAGGUGAUGAACCCAAUGUAGCAGCACUGCGAAGUAACCAUUCUGAUAAGUCAUCUGGGAAGAAAAGGGUGAAGGAGGUGUCUUUAAAUAGUGAAAGUGUUUCUCUGCCGAAACAAAAUUUAGGUGAUAUGGAAAACCUCAGUCAUGGAACCUCAACUUCUAGAAGAAACAGACAUCGUAGUCAUGGUAAAGAGAGACAUAGAAGUCCCAAAAAGAAUGAAGAGGGAAAGGAAGAAAACAGUCAUAAAGCCAAACUGAAGAGUAGUCAUUGUCAUAGUAGACACAAAACUCGGGAAAAGGGAUAUGAGUCACUUAACUUGGUUGCACAAACACCAGUGACACCAGAUUUCCUCUUGUAACAUAAGAAAUUGCAAA